CCCGCCGGUUCCUGUUUAUGCUAGCGCCAGUAAAAAAUGAAGCUAAUAAUAACUGUGACAAAAGCUUCAACGUGACAACAUCAACUAGUUUCGCUCUAGAUAGUCAGUCAGAAAAUGCUUCAGACAUUUUGUGCACUCAAAGUUAGUGCAGUUUGCAGAUAGUUGAUUAGGGCUACUCUUGGAAAGAAUUGGUUAGCUACCAUCGUUUUUCUUCCUUCGAUUUGGACAGCAGUUGACUGGCCAGCUAUGCCAAAGCAAGGGCUUGCUAGACACAAGGUGAUAUCCUCUGGAAGACUGACUGGUUGGAGGGGCCAGGGCUCAAAGAAGAGGGGAGCAGGGCGUCCACUAGUCACUUCUACUGAGCCGGCUUAUUCCCUCUACUCCACAGACUCAGAGGACCAGGUGACAACCAUUCACCAGGGUCUGGAUCAGUGUGCUGCGCUGCUCAAUGUCAUUCUCCAGGCAGAGACGGCAGAGGCCAAGCCAAUCUCCGUCAGGGGAGCAGGGAAGACUCGAGACGCCAAAUCCCGACCGCUGUGCACUCUGGGAAAGGAGAGGGUAGACACAGAGAGGAGGAAGCAGACAAAGAGACCUGUCACUCAGACUGCUAAAAAAACAGCUCCCGUGCAGAAGACGAUCCUGUCAUCCCUGUCGUAUCCUGGGAUGAGGAACAAUAUUCAGAGUUUGGCCGGAACGUCAGAGCCGGCGUCAGAUGCUCGGUUUAACUGUCGCCUGACCACCUCCACCCCCACCCUGAGUCCCCAAAGACUCCCCCCUAACAACACACUCCCCCCAGGCCCCUCAGUCCCUCUAGCCCAGCCUGGAGGCUCCAUCAUUGGGGUGGCAUCAGUCCACCUGGGGGGCUCUACCUCCACAGCUCCGUUAGCUUCUCCUGGAGCUGUAGCUACGUCUCUACCCACAGCCCCUCUCACAGGCCCAGUGCUCUCUCUCCCCGCAGCCCAGCCAGGAGGCUUCGUCUCUGGGGUUGGAGGUUCGGCUGCCCAGGGAAGCUCCAGGUCCUGUACCCUGCACCUCGGUGGUCCCUCUGUGGAGAGGCUAGCCCUGUCUGCCCCCUGCCCUCUGACAGCUCUGUGUGGAGAAAGUGGACAUCCAAUCUCUUCUUCCUGCUCUCCCUCUCGUCAGGGACCACCAGUACUCUUCUCUGAAAUUCAUUCCCACCCCCAACCUCACCCCCUUGCCAACACUCAACCACAGUCUGCCCCAGAUGCUCCAUCCCUGGGCAGGGGGGGCCAGCUGGUUUCUACCCAGGAUGGAGGGACCUUAGCAAGGGAGGCUUGCGGCCACAUGGAGGGUAACGCUGGAGAGGAGGAAGAGGAGUGUCCAGUGAGAGACACCAGCGCCCAGACCUGCUUUAACAUACAAACACACACCCAGCUGGCAUACACACACAUAGAUCCAGUGCCUGUACAGGCAUACUUACAACACACACAUCCAGGUGUGGCUCCCAACCACACACACUCGUACACACGCAUGCCGCUGGCGCUGGGCUCUAAGGGCUGUAGUCCAGAGGGAACUGCUCGUCAGGUGAUGACUGUUCAGUACCUCCUUGGAGAGUUGAAGGCUCUGCUCGCUGGCCAAGACAGUGUAGCAGAGCGUCUGGUGUGUGAGCUGGAGCAGACAGUGUCUAUACUUCCUGUCAUGGUGGGCAGCUCUAACAUCCAGGCUGAGAUUGCUCUGGUCCUGCAACCUCUACGCAGUGAGAACGCACUGCUACGCAGGCGUCUGAGGAUAGUGAACCAGCAGUUGCAGGAGAGAGAGCGAGCAGAGAGGGAGGCCAGAGAUGUCCACUGUGACACUGACGUGUCGGCUCUGCAGUCGGAGCUCCACGAUGCUCACACAAGCCUGCAAGAGCUGCAGCGCUGCAACACUGAGCUACGGCAAGCCCUGGUGGACACACAGAGCCAGCUGCAGCAGAGUGAGGCGGAGUGCAGUCGUAUCAGUAAAGACGUGCAGUCUGCUCUGGGUGAGGUGCAGGGCUGUAACCGCAGGCUGCAGGAGUAUCAGAAGGAGAAUGCUGCACUGGUCCUCAACACCCAGAAGAGGGAGACAGAGAUCCACACACUACAGGAGCACCUCAGAGCUCUACAGGUCCCUGUCACUGAGUCUCCUGCUGUGACUGACAUCCCUACGUCCCGCCUCCCUCUCACUAAACGAGCUCUGGACCAAUACCAGGACCAGCAGGGUCCGUCAGACCACCCAGUCAGCCAAUACCUGUGGUCGUUGGAGCAGAAGGGGUGUGGUUCUGUCUCCCUGCCCUGUAAAGGCCCUGAGUGCAACUACACACACCAGCAGGACUUCAGUGUGUGUACACCAGCUGGUCAGAGUGUGUGUGCGUCUGCGGAUCAGGAAGUGGGUCUGUGUGUGGCUCUGGAAAGAAAAGUCACCCCACCUUUGGCCUUCGCCCCACUGAGAGAGACUGUGAGGUCACCACUUCCUGUUGAGGGGUUACCGCUUCCUGUGAUUUCACAGAGAGGAGGAGGACCACAGGGUCUUCAGAGCCUUAGUGUUGCCCUCGAGAGUUUCCCUCAAUUAAAAAGCCUAUUAUCUAAUCUCCACCAAUCAAACGGACUCUGCUCUAAUGGCGCUGGACACUCUGACCUGUCCCAGAGUCACCGGCGCCGUCUGGACAUGGAUAUGGCAUCACCGGGCAAGGGGCGGAACUCUUCGCUUGACUCCACUGGCCUCUCCUUAUGUGAGGUCAGAUCCUUUGCUUCUGAUUGGAGUGCAGGGUCAAGCUCGACCUUUGACACGCGUGACGAACAGGAGUUCCAGAACGGGCUGGCCGCUCUGGAUGCCAGCAUUGCCAGCUUGCAGAGAACUAUAAAGCAGGACCUGAAUCGAUGAGACAGACACACACAGCGAGGUAGUCUGAAUCUAUUCCAAUGUAAUAAAAUAACCAAUGUCUUUUUUUAGGUUUCUUUUUAAUUGUACUUUAUUUGAAUAAAAUGGCAAAUGAAAUAGUUGUUAUUUUUUUGUUACUAUUUAUUCUUUACUUGAAAGACGGGUUACCUGAGAACUUCAGGAAAACGAAGCACACGCUUCAAUGGGGGAGAAGGCCAUGUGUUGUGAUUCUGGAUGGACAGACAGCAACAAUGACAAGAAACUGCCAUGUGUUGUGAUUCUGAAUAGCCAGACAGCAACAAUGACAAGAAACUGCCAUGUGUUGUGAUUCUGAAUAGCCAGACAGCAACAAUGACAAGAAACUGCCAUGUGUUGUGAUUCUGAAUAGCCAGACAGCAACAAUGACACGAUGCCAUGUGGGGAAUCGUAAGCGGCUCAUUUCAGCUAGUUGUAUUUGUUUUUAUAUCAUGUUUUGACUGAGCUAGCUAACCAACAACUGUAAUGGUGGAUUUGAGAGACAAGUGCUCAUUGUACAACUUCAUUUAUGUUUUCAAUAAACAUUGGAGAAGAAAUAUAGUUGACAUGUUAUCAACAAUCUAUGCCAACCCUAUCUCUUUUGCCCCA